CUUCCUCACUUCGCUGGCAACUUUACCACCCUUAAUUAUUUCCCCUUACAAAAUGCACAACCAUGAGGAGAAGAGGGAAAACAAGAGACACAUGGAUCAAAACACUUGAUUUAUAUAUGCCUUUUGGAGGACAACCUAGCAUGUUAUUAACUAUUAUUUUUAUUCUUCUGUCUAGAUGACACCAAAUGAUUGAGAAAUAACAAGAGGGAGUAGUAUAGUAGCUAAAUUUUAUGAUGAUAAGAAAACAAUAGCCAGAACAUAACUAGACAAAGAAAGCAGGGAAAAUAUCAAACAUACUUCAGCAGCAGAAGGAUAUUCGGAUAUCUGAUAGGUUUUACUUUUGGUUCAGAUAUUAGUUCCAGAUUUGCAAAAAAGUUAUGGCGGCAGCUUCCUCAUCCACUCCAUUCUUGGGAAUCAGAGAAGAAAGCCCUCAGAUUACAGCACAGCAUCAACCUUCCACUGUGGCUCCAAUCACAGUGCCUCAAAAGAAACGGAGGAAUCAACCUGGAACACCAAAUCCAGACGCAGAGGUGAUAGAACUAUCUCCCAAGACCCUAAUGGCAACAAACAGGUUUAUAUGUGAGGUGUGCAAUAAAGGAUUCCAAAGGGAGCAAAACCUACAGCUUCACAGAAGAGGACACAACCUUCCUUGGAAGCUAAAGCAGAAGAGUACAAAAGAGCAAAAAAGAAAGGUUUAUCUUUGUCCCGAGCCCACCUGUGUCCAUCAUGAUCCUUCAAGGGCUUUGGGAGACCUCACUGGGAUCAAGAAGCACUACUCUCGCAAGCAUGGUGAGAAGAAGUGGAAGUGUGAAAAGUGCUCAAAGAAAUAUGCUGUUCAAUCUGAUUGGAAAGCACAUUCUAAGACUUGUGGCACUAGAGAGUACAGAUGUGACUGUGGCACUCUCUUCUCUAGGCGUGACAGUUUCAUCACUCAUAGGGCGUUCUGCGAUGCUCUAGCACAAGAGAGUGCAAGAUUCCCCAGUAGCUUAAACCCUUUCGGGACUCAUUUGUUUGGCACAAAUCACACUAGUUUAACCCUAUCCCAAGUGGGUACUCAACUUUCCCAAGUUCAAAAUCAGAACCAAACAACCACUAACAACAUCUUGCGCCUUGGAAGUGUUGGUGCAGCUGUGAAGUUUGAGCACUUGAUUCCACCUCUAAACCAGUCUUCAUUUGGACACUCACCACAAUCAAUGCCUUCUUCAGCUUUCUUCAUGAAUGACAGCACCAAUCAAACAUUGUUUGAAGAACACCAAUCGCAGCAAGGACCAAUAUUCUCAAACAAACAACUCCAUGGCCUAAUGCAGCUCACUGAUCUUCAUGGCAACACCAACAACUCCGAUUCUUCAUCAGUUGCUGCUCCUGAUUCCAAUCUCUUCAACCUCAGCUUCUUCCCUAGUAGCAACAGCACUACCACCAUUAUCUCUGAUCAAUUCAACAACAUAAGUGGCAGUGACCACGGAACAACACCACCACCACCACCACUCUAUGUUAGUAACAACCCUGCAGUAAGUGACCAUGUUGGUUCAGGUUUUUCCUCGCUCUUCGGUGAUUCAUUGGAAAACGUAUCGUCCCCUCAUAUGUCUGCCACUGUGUUGCUUCAAAAAGCGUCUCAAAUGGGUUCAACCACAACCACCAGCGCUUCUUCUUUACUUAGAGGAAUGUGUAGUUCCAAAGCUGAAAAUGGUCACCACCACCACAAUAAUCUUCAAGGGUUGAUGAACUCUAUUGCCAAUGGAAACACGCCCUUGUUUAGGAACAUGCAAGGGAACGAAAACAACCUUUGUGGGUUCCACAACGUGGACGAGUCCAACAAUAAGUUGCCCCAGAAUCUUAGUGUAAACUUUGGAGGUUCUGAUAAGUUGACCUUAGACUUUUUGGGUGUUGGAGGAAUGGUGAGAAAUAUGAAUGGUGGAUUUUCACAGAGAGAACAACUACAACAACAACAACGUGUCAUGGGUACCGAGUUCUUUGGACCUUGACCUCAAGUCAGCACAGCCAAAUCAUCAUUUUGGAAAGUCAACGUUGUAAUAAGGAAAAUAUUAGGCAGAAUGAAAAAAAAAAAAAAAAACAUUAAAGAAAAUGCCUGUUAUGUAUGUAUGGACUUAUUUAAAACUGCUUUGAGAUUAUUUUGUUAUCAAAAAGAAGUCUAAUUGGUAUAUUAA